GUAACAGCCCUAGUUGGGGUCUAGGAGAGAAGUGAUUUGGCCUCAUUGUAAAACUCUGCAUAUGAAUGGGAAAAACUUUUAGAAAAUGCUUGUUCUGUUGUUAAGGUAGAAGAGUUAGCUUGCUCUUCCUGACCACAAACAGUGGCUGAGGACUCCAGUGAAGGCUUGGGCUGGUGGGGGAUGGUCCUGGUAUUACUGUCAGCCUUAAUACCUGUCCCUUCUUGCCGUAGAUGCUUGACUCCCUUAUAGCCAACAUCUUACCUUUUUAAUGUUUAAUGUAUCUGCAUUACAUCUGUAAGGUACCAGAUGGCGGCAGUGACAUUGUGUAGGACAUCAGCCAUCACCAGGGGACCCAAAGAGAUUCCUAAACCAACCUCAUUUUAGAGACCAGUGGUGAAGCUGAAGUGUAACCUGAGUGAUUGUUUUGGUUUAGUUCUGUAAUUUGCGAUUAGUAUAUGCCCUCUCCUGAAAAGGUUUUAGUUAUACCUUCAUUCUUAAAUGCCAUGCUACCAGUGUUAAUGUUCUUCCCUGGUAGACUAAGCAAGAGUAACACCUGGCUUGGGGAAGGGUUUUCGCUGUUGCCCAAAGGUGGGCCUGGGCCUGUGAAACCUGCGGCUAUUGGCUGAGAUGUGUCUAUGCAUGGCGUGGUGGCAGUAGGUGGAGCCCCAUAGAUCUCAGUUCUUCCCUGGCUGUGUAGUACUCUGUUGCAUCUGGGUAACUGUUUAACAUCAGUUCCAAAGUUGCCUUGUUUCCUGAAGUUCUUAUAAGGCAGAAUAUUAGUUUACUUAACAUGUAGUGUUGUCUGUAUGUGAAAUCUUAAUUUUAUUAUUAUUUAUUUCUGAGACAGGGUUUCUUUGUGUAGCCCUGGCUGUCCUGGAAUUCACUCUGUAGACCAGGCUAUCCUCAAGCUCAGAGAUCUGGCGCCACCGCUGUUUGGCUGAAAUCUCAAUUCUUGGCAGCCCAGAAUGAAAGAAAGAAAAUCUUAGUGCUGUUCUUAAAGUAGAAGUAAGAAGUCAGCCUAUCUCUGACCACAAGGUGUCGCACUCAGUGUAGCAGGUGCCUGCUGAGAAGGCUUGGUAGAUUAGCCCCAAGACUUUGCCCUUCUCCCAGCUCCUUUGAGUGCUAGAGGACCCUGUAUCCACAGUGAGUUCCUGCACUGACCCCAAAUAAAAGAUGGCCUUUAUUCCAUUGGAUCAAGCAUGUCUAGCCUUGUUUGUGUGUUGCCCUUCUUGGCAGAAGUCACUGGAGGGGCAAGUUGGCAUCCUGGACUGCCUUCCAUUAGAUCCUGGUACAGGUGAAAAGCCUCUCCCAAAGCUCACGUCCAUUGAUAUUUAGGGAGUGGUACUUUGGGAGGAAACAUCUCAGCUCUGCUACCUCUUUUUCCUCUCCUGAGGGAAAAAAAAAAAAACAAUUCCCAGGCAACUUUUGGGAAUUUCUUUUUUAAUAGGGUUUCAUGUAGCUCAGGCUGGCCUGAAUUUACUAUGUAGCAGAGCCCGCCUCCUAGGUACUGGGAUUAUAGGCCUGGCUGACCUUUGGACAUGUCGUUAGAGAAUGGGCAGGAGGGCACAGUCUCCUUGUGUAGUGAGCCAGUGGGUUCCUGUCAUGCUGUUUUCUCCAGGGCUUGGGGGUUGAGAGCCAGAAGUUGCUUUGGUCAGCUUGGUCAGGGUCUUUGUAAACCAAAGUAGAAUCCUUUUGGUUAUUUUCCAAGGAAGUCCUUACUGUGGUAUCCCUGUGACAGGCCAAGUCUUGCCUCCUAGCCUAUCUGCUUAUAAACUGCAAGGCAGAGUUGGGGAAUCCCAUUACCAGUCACACUGAGAAGGGUUAGGCCACCAGGGUAUAGGUGAACCAGGAGAGCUGUCUUCCUUGACAUACAGGUAUAUACUAGGUAUGGGUCAUUGCAGGUUCGAAUGCUGGUCCUUCCUCAUCAUCCAGAGUAAUCUCACCAAUAAAUAUGAGGGCCAGCGUUACUUUUGAGGGCUCGAGGCAUUGACAGUGUGUGUGAAUCACUUCAGGAUUAACCUCUGCUAUUCCUGGGGAGGACGAUUUGCCUGGGAGCUGGAAACCCUAGCUUUGUUAGGCUUCUCUGACUGGGUGUGGCCUGGAGCUGGGUUUGCUUGUUUGGCCACCUUUCACCCCCUUUUUUUGGGGGGGGAUGUGGGAGUUGAGGGGGCUCUAUUCUAGAACAUUCUGUUCUGAUUACCAGGACCCAAACCCACUGGAACCAGUGUAUAUUGGGGAUGCAGCUCCCGUUUCUUUAUAGAGCAGUUAGAUCCACUGGCUGUGACUGCUCUUAGCCACAGCUUUUACCAGUGGGAGGUCAACUGGCUCUUGGGAAUCCUGGCCCAGUCUCACAAGGGCCACUACCUUAUAGUCAGAGGCGAAGGUACCAUUGACUUGGCUUGGCCUCAGCUAACCAACUUGCAGCCUGAAGGUGAUUCAGAAGACCUCUUCCUCUGGGAACCUGCCACUGUAUCACAAGUACUAGAGGGGGAAAUUCCACUGGUCAGAUGACCUGUGCUAACUUAGGAGAGAGGCCUGGGGACAGACGGUAGAGGUUCACCCCGUGACUGGUGUACACAAGUUAGACCAGCAGCCUCUACUUGCUCUGCUUUUGCAGAGAUCAGCCUGGUAGGCCUCAUGGAAGUAGAGGAGGAUCACUGGCUGGGAGGGGCAGGCAACCAGGUGGUGGAGAUGCUCUCCUCCAGUGCCCUGUGUUGCGGGUUUAGAGUAGAGGCUGCAUCUGGUGAAUGAGGUGUGUGUGAGGAGGUUUGGGAGAUUUGUAGAAAGCUUGCUAAAGUGAAUGAAUCACUUGGGAAUCACAGUGAGCCCUGAAGGUAUGAAAGAUGCCACAGAGUUGAUGCUAACAGCACCCGUGCCCCCACCUCUAGCUUAACUAAAUAAAAAUCUUGAUGAAAAGAGACCAGGGAACUGCUUGUGCAGGGGAGAUGCAGCCCUGCUCCUCCCUACUUCUUUAAAAGGGGUGAUUGAAUCACUGGUCACGGGGGUCCCGCCCUUGCCCUGCCCCGCCUUCCAGGCAGUGGAUGAGCCCUAUAUGAACCCUCCCCUUGGAGCCUGUGAGGCUUAGAAAGGAGGGAGGGCUCGUUUGGUGGUGGGGCACCGGCAAGGGUACUAUGCAGGAGGGGAGGUUGGUGGAGACAGUAGCUCUCUGCUGCGCUCUGGCUCAUCUUGCAGACGUGCACCAGCGGCAGCCGGGCUCGUUUUUGGGCCUCGCCCCCGCGCAGGGGCUUUGAAUGCGGCCGCCCCCAUGAGAACACUGGCCCGGCCUCCUAUCCGUAAGCCUUUGCCUGUGGAAACCGAGCCAUGUGGGCCUGGGCUUGGGCCACAGCAGCCCUCCUCUGGCUGCAGACUGCAGGAGCGGGGUCACGGCAGCUGGCCAUUCGCGUGGAGUCCCCUAAUAUCACCACACCCAACCGCGAGGGAUUGCCAGGCUUCUUCAAGCCACCAGAGGUCUCUGGACCUGAACUCUCAGAUGCCCACAUGACAUGGCUGAACUUUGUCCGCCGGCCAGAUGAUGGGGCCACUAGGAAACGGUGCCGUGGCCGGAAUAAGAAGUCGCGAGGCCUCUCGGGUCUCCCAGGGCCCCCGGGACCCCCUGGCCCUCCUGGUCCCCCUGGUUCCCCUGGUAUGGAAGUCACCCCAGAGGUCCUGCUGCAGGAAUUUCAGGAGAUGCUGAAAGAGGCCACGAAACUUCGAUUCUCAGGGCUACCAGAUAUAUUGUUACCCCAAGAACCCAGCCAUCGGCUGGUGGUUGAGGCCUUCCACUGCCGCUUGAAAGGUCCUGUGCUGGUGGACAAGAAGACACUGGUGGAGCUGCAAGGAUUCCAGACCCCUACUGCCCAGGGUGCCUUCCUGCGGGGAUCUGGCCUGAGCCUGGCCUUGGGCCGAUUCACAGCACCAGUCUCUGCCAUCUUCCAAUUUUCUGCCACCCUGCACAUUGACCACAGUGAGCUACAGGGCAGAGGCCGGUUGCGUACCCGGGACACUAUCCGUGUCCUCAUCUGUAUUGAGUCCCUGUGUCAUCAACACACGUCCCUGGAGGCUGUAUCAGGCCUGGAGAGCAACAGCAGGGUCUUCACAGUGCAGGUUCAGGGGCUGUUGCAGCUACAGUCUGGACAGUAUGUCUCCGUGUUCGUGGACAACAGUUCUGGGGCCGUCCUCACCAUCCAGAACAGCUCCAGUUUCUCUGGACUGCUUUUGGGUACGUAGGGGAGCUGAAGACACGAUGAUUGAGGAGGAACUACAAGGACUGCUCCCCAUUAAUAAUUGUCAUAACAAUAAAGAGCUCCG